UUACUCGUUCUUACUGCCAGCCCGGCUUCUCCCGUUUUCCCCAAUGCUCGUAUAGGCGUAUACAUUUCGAUGCAUGCACACUCACUAUCUGCCCUUGAUCCCGUAAAGACUCGUACUUCCCUCGUCUGCAUUCAUUCGUGGCUGGGCUUCUACCACCACCUCCUCUUUUUCGCACAAACUCACGCAGGCGUUCACUUGAGUGAGAGAGAGAGCACUUUCUCGAACAGUCGGAAUCUUCCCUUUUCAUCUCGUCUCGUCUCGUUUCGUUUCACUAGACCCGACGGCUCCUCCGUCUUCAAUGAGCUGAAAACUCUGAUCCCGAAUCCACCGCGUCACCAAGCCAGCCCCUCCAGCGCGACUAGAACCGUGGUCCUGAGGGCUCGUAGGCAAGCGCACCAUCUCUUAGGCCACGCGAAUUUGGCGCAACUUUGGAAUCUCACUGAGAGUGCUGGCGAAAUGACGAGGCUAGGUCAACCCGACAGUGACUUUAGGGGUGAAACUCAAUAA